CCGGGUGGGUGGGUCAGGUGACCAGAGGAGCCGUCGAGUCGGUUUAGGCCGCUGCUCUGGGCUUCCAGAGUGCCGGUCGCCAUGGCCAGCCAGUCGCAGGGGAUCCAGCAGCUGCUGCAGGCCGAGAAGCGGGCGGCGGAGAAGGUGUCGGAGGCCCGCAAGCGAAAGAACCGGAGGCUGAAGCAGGCCAAAGAAGAAGCACAGGCGGAAAUUGAACAGUACCGCCUGCAGAGGGAGAAGGAGUUCAAGGCCAAGGAAGCUGCGGCACUGGGAUCCCACGGCAGCUGCAGCAGCGAAGUAGAGAAGGAGACCCAGGAGAAGAUGACCAUCCUGCAGACCUACUUCCAGCAGAACAGGGAUGAGGUCUUGGAUAACCUCUUGGCCUUUGUCUGUGACAUCCGGCCAGAAAUCCACGAGAACUACCGCAUAAAUGGAUAGAAGAAAGCUGCCCUUGUUCCACGGCUGGGCGUUCCAGAUGCUCUCACGGAGCCUGGAGCUCAGCAAUGCUCACGCUCUGCCCUCAUGACGAGGCAUUAAAUUAUUUCUGUGUGUUUCAUAGGAGGACCUUUACUCGUUAGCUUCUUUAUCCAGACUUAUCCAAAGAGUUCAUCUUUUUACUUCGUAUUUCUUAGAGACAUUUAAUAAGUAUAUGUUGUGUGUUUUCCUGUGCCUUUUAGUUCAAGCAACAUAUAUGUCAGUGUUGACUUUUCUCUUAGAUCUAGUAUAAAAAAAAAUUCUUUGAAGAAAGAAAGGGACUAAACAAUUUGUUUCCCCUAUGCUUUCUUGAAGGUCAGGGGCUUUAUCUAUGAAAAAGUAGUAAAUAGUUUCCUGUAACUUGUGUGAAGCAGCAGCCAGCCUUAAUGUCUAUUCUAAAGGCAAAAGCAAUGAAUUACUCGUGUAAUUGUUUAGGCUGCUUUUAGCUUCUUAAUCAAAAUUCCUAGAUGAUAGAAUUUAAGAACUUAUUACAUGUUAUUACUUGGUGUACUGUUAAUUUAAAAGUAAAGACUUUGUCAUGUGUUCUCUCUCUCGCA